UUACAAAACACAACUAAAAAUGAAUACGAUAGAGAUAUGCGGUGCUAAAACUAAGAUGAAACAAAUUAUUCGAGAUAUAAAUAUAAAUUAUAAUUGCAAGAGUGUACGAGGAAACCAUAAUUUCAAAAAUAGUGGUGUAAGACGGGAUGAAGCUGCUGCUAUACGACUCAAAUUUCCAACAAAAGUUCCGAUUAUUCUUGAGAAAUAUCAUAAGGAAAGUGAUUUACCGCAUUUAGACAAAAGGAAGUUUCUAGUUCCUCAGGAAGUGUCAAUAUCACAAUUUUUAUGCAUUAUUCGUAAUCGUAUGAAACUGAGCUCAAAUAAAACAUUAUUCUUUCUUAUUAAUAAUCGUUCUCUGAUCCCUAUAAGUCGUACAGUAGGCGAAAUAUAUGAAGAAUAUAAAGAAAUUGAUGGAUUUUUAUACAUUACGUAUGCAUCACAAGAAGCUUUUGGAUUAAAAAUGGUUUAA